AGAUGGAGAGAAGACUUUGGCGAUGAAAUCUGGAACUGUUUACAAAACCAGGACAUUGAUUGGAGUUUGAGUUGGAUGUUUCCUGACGAAGAGGAGCCUACACCUACGGCUCGCCCUGAAGAAGCACCACAGAUAAGCGAACAUCUUGAAGGAGAGAAGAUUGACGAAGAACCCACACCUACGGCUCACCCUGAAGAAGCACCACAGAUAAGCGAACAUCUUGAAGGAGAGAAGAUUGACGAAGAGGAACCCACACCUACGGCUCACCCUGAAGAAGCACCACAGCAGCUUGGAUAUAACACAGAAUGGAGUAGAGAACCUGGAUAGAUCAAUGCCAAAACCAGGGACAGACAGUGCCAGUCAAUGGGACUCGGAUGAAGACUCUCCCUUGCAGUUGGUAUACGAGGAGGACCCUGGAGAUGCUUCUGUUGAUAAGUCUACAAGCAGUUCUCCAGCUCAGCUUCAGUCUUCAUCUAUUGCUCUCAAACCAGCUACAACUAUGAAACUCAUGGUCUUGGAAAGUGACAGAAAUGGAGCAGACUUUUCCAGUACUCUUGCUGCACAUAAGCCACAGCAGGGUGAGAUGAUGACUGCUUCACCCAUUACCAUAGUGUCCUCUUUGUCAUCACAAGCUGCUCAGUAUCAUGCCCAUGCAGGCUUGGUAAACUUGUCAAAGCAUGUGCCAGUUGUCCAGGUGUCACAGUACAGCCAAGGAGCUUUAAGGAGAGCACAGUCAGCUCCAGCCUUUAAGAUGGCUGGCACUCCUCCCAUUGCAAUAUAUAGAGAUGCACGAGCUCAGAGUUAUGUUCUAAAGGAAGAUACAUUAACUAAGACUGAAUCUGUGGAACACGUAUUUAGAGAACAGUCAUCACCAGGGAGCCCUGAACUUUUAGCAGCUAAUGUAUUGGCUGAGGGGUUUGCAAAAGAGAAGUCAUACAGAUGAACAAUGCUGCAGGUGAAGUGACUUCCUUGGUGAAAUCUUGUCCCGGUGGUGAAUCAUUAUGUCAGGUUGUCCACUGAUCUUUCAGUGAAAAAUGCAGAAAUGUGUGUUUUGUGUGGUUAAGCAUUUUGUAAGAAGGUAAAUCAGGUCCACAGAAACAGAUAUCCUUUUUUUUUUGCCAGAAAUGACAAUAAAAAUGUUAUGUGACACUAAAGAAAAUGUGCUAUAUAGAUUCAAUAGAAGACUACAGAAGUGUGUACAAAGUACAAACUCCCAAGUGAAAGAGUGAAAUAGCCUACCUUGAUAAGUGUGUAGAGACUAAGAAUGUUGUUGACCAAAGGAAGACUUCAGGAAAUAUUACUUGAAGAAAUGGGAGUUCAGGUGAUUGAAGAAAAUGUGAAAUGAAAUUAUUUAUAAUAAAGAUACAAAUUAUGUGCUGCUUAUGAUAAGCAAAUGAAUGAAAUGCAUGUAAAAGGACAGUGUUCAGCUCUGCCAUAUUUACCUUCUGUGUUAUCCUGAAGUAACUGUUGUAUUUUCACUAUAUCUCAGGGCUUAUUUCUACAUAAUGGUGUGUAUCGUUAUUUUUCAUAUGAUUUCAUUAUAAUUACCCUAUUAAUAUUAGUAUUGUUAUUAUAGGUAGGAA